AUGUGGGCCGAGGCCCGGUCAAAAUUUGAGUGGCUUCUGCCCGAAAAUAUUCGGGACGGGAAGGGGAGGAGGCCUGGCGAGCCAGGGUACGAUUCGCGAAGUGUAACCGUCCCGCGUGCGAUCUUCGACAAGCUGUCAGCGUCGCAGAAGCAGUACUGGGGCACAAAAAGUCGCUACAUGGACACGAUUCUCUUCUUCAAAGUGGGCAAGUUCUACGAGCUGUACGAGGUGGACGCUGAGGUGGGCCACAAGGAGCUCGACUGGAAGCUCACUGUCAGCGGCGUCGGCAAGUGCCGCCAGGUGGGAGUGCCUGAGAGUGGCAUAGAGGACGCAGUUCAGAAGCUAGUAGCCAGAGGCUACAAGGUGGGGCGCAUGGAGCAGCUGGAGAGCAGCGAGGAGGCCAAGGCAAAGAGAGGGCCAGGGGCGAUGGUGCAGCGGCAACUUAUGCAAAUUCUCUCCCCAGCCACCCUCACAGAGGGGUCACUCAGACCAGAGGCCGUGCACCUCCUGGCAAUUAAAGAGGUCACCACAGAACCUGCGUCCAGCAACAGCGCCGCCAGCAUUGACAACAUCAUCAUCAGCAGCAGCAGCCCUAACGGGACGCCUAACGGCACCCCGACCAGUGUUGCUUCUGGGUCUAUCCUCGUUGGCUUUGCGUUUGCUGACGUGGCAGGCGGGAAUGUCUACGUGGGUGCCAUGCGGGAUGACUCCUCCCGCUCCGCCCUCUCAGCGCUCCUCGUCCAGGUGGCCCCUCAAGAGCUGUUGUUUGAACUGGACGGUCUCUCCACCGACACGAGGAAGCUUUUGCGAAGGAGCUCAGGCCCAGGAAUCCUCCCGAUGCAGCUGACAGCCCUGGCGCCAGGUUCGGAGUUUCCCGAGCCUAAAGCAGCGGUGGCUCGGCUAAAAUCAUCUGGUUUCGGAACUGUGCAAGAGUCCCCACAGAGAGAGCCAUGCCAUGGGAGGGGGGCGGAUUCUCUAGUGCGGUUGCUGGUGGGAGGGGGAGAGGAGGAGGCGGAGGUAGCAGCAGCAGCGCUUGUGGCGCUAGGCAGCCAUCUGGAGCGAUUGAAGGUGGGAAAUCCUCGCCUUUCUCUCCUUUUCUCUCCAAGUUUCCUCCUUUUCUCCCGUCCCCCCCUUCUCCUCCCUUCCUCUCCAACUCCCCCUCGUUCCCCGCUUUCCGACUCAAAACCCGCCCGCUCCCCCGACUCCCUCCAUUUCCCCCUCCCCCUCCGCCCCUCGACCACCAACCAACGUGUGCAUGUGUCAGUGGAUCCCUGCAGCGCCCCCCUCUCCCCCCCUGCGCAACUGCAGCGCCCCCUCUCUCCCGCUGCAGCGCCUCCCUCUCUCUCCCGCUGCAGCGCCCCCCUCUCUCUCCCGCUGCAGCGCCCCUCUCUCCCGCUGCAGCGCCCCCCCCCCCUCUCCCGCUGCAGCGCCCCUCUCUCUCCCGCUGCAGCGCCCCUCUCUCUCCCGCUGCAGCGCCCCUCUCUCUCCCGCUGCAGCGCCCCUCUCUCUCCCGCUGCAGCGCCCCCCUCUCUCUCCCGCUGCAGCGCCCCUCUCUCUCCCGCUGCAGCGCCCCCCUCUCUCCCGCUGCAGCGCCCCCCUCUCUCCCGCUGCAGCGCCCCCCUCUCUCCCGCUGCAGCGCCCCCCUCUCCCCCUGCGCAACUUACCCCUUCGCUCUUCCUUUUCAUCCUGCAAACACCCCUUCGCCACUUCUCCCCACCGGUUCCCCUCCUCCCCCUUCCCGUCUCCCCAAUCCAUCUCUGUGUGCAACACCAUUGGAGUCCUACAGUGUCCCCCUCGCUUUUUGAGGCGCCUAAAAAACCAAUCAUUGAGGAGGCGCCUCAAAAACCAAUCUUUGAGGAGGCGCCUCAAAAACCAAUCGAUCUCUUGGAGCCCGUCAGUGCUCGCCUCGCUCGCCCUGCACCCCUUACCCUCCUUCCCCUGUUUUCCCUCCUGCUACCCUCACCUCCCCCACCCAACCCGGCCCCACCAGUGGAGCCCGUCAGUGCUCGCCUCGCUCGCCCUGCGCCCCUACUCCGUCUUCUCGGGUUCGCUGCGUCUGGACGGCCAGACGCUCAGCAACCUGGAGCUGCUCAGCAACACGCACAACGGCAGCACACAGGUCUUCUCACUCACCCUCCUCUACCCCCCCUCCUCCCCUCCUCCCCUCCUCCCUUCCUCCCCCCCCCCUCCUCCUCCCUUCCUCCCCUCCUCUCCUGCUCUCCUCCCCUCCUGCCCGCCUGCCCUCCUUCACUCGCCCUCUUCACCAUUUCCGAACGCACAGGCACUCUUCUGGGCUUUCUGGAUACGUGCGCCACGUCAGCAGGCAAGCGCCUUCUCCGCCGUUGGAUCUGCCACCCGCUGCGCUCCAUCCGCGAGAUCGAGCGCCGGCUGGACGCCGUCGAUGAGCUGGCGGGCUCGUCGCUCGCCACGUCAGCGCUCUCAUCCACCACGUCAGCAGCACAUGCGCGGGGAGAAAUCCGGGCAGCGAUGAGGCGGCUGCCGGAUCUGGAGCGCCUGAUUGGUCGAAUGAGAGCGAUGGGGGCGCCGGGAGGGGGAGGAGCAGGGGGUGUGGGAGAAGUUGGAGGUAGGGGAGAGGAAGGGAAUUGGGGAAGGGCCAGUGGAGGCCGAGAAGGCAGAGGCGGGGAGGAUGGGAGAGGAGGGGUGGGAGGAGGGGAGGUGGAGUGGGGGGGGUUAAGGUCUGCUUUAGAGGCGCUACCUGGACCAAUGGCAGAGCAGCUACUGAGGAAGCAGUGCAAGGGGUGCAUGCAGCUCUGCUCUUCCUCGAUUCCCUCCGCAACGGAUCUCAAAAGCGUCUCAACAUAUAACAUCUCGCAACCGUCUCUUAUGUAUCCCUUCCUCUCGCAGGUCGCCCUAUUCUGCUCUGCAGUGCGAGGGGUGCGUGCAGCCCUGCUCUUCCUCGAUUCCCUCCGCAACGGAUCUCUCACAGGGGAGCCUGUCACCUUCCGUUCUGCCAUCCUACGUGGCAUCAUGCGAUUGGCUCCUGCUGCCGCCUCUGCUGGCGGCGGAGAGGGUGGUUGGGAAGAGGAAGACGAGGCGGAGGAGGAGGAGGAGGAGGAGGAUGAGGGAGAAGGAGGAGGAGAAGGGGCAGGGGUGAGGAACCGCCAUGUGAGUAACGGUUACAACAAACAUGGUUGGGGAGACGAGAGGGGCCGGUCUAACACGGUGCAUCCCUCUCAUGCGACGGCAAGGACGAACGUUACGGAGGAGAUGAGCGGGCGGCGUGCGUUGGCAGUAUUGGAUGAGAUAGAGCAGUUCAUCGUGUGGCCGACUGCCACCCAGGGGAAGAGGGCUGGGACUGGGAACAGCAGGAACCAGAGCAAAAACAGCAGUAGCGGCACCGGUAGCAGCCAUCUGAGUGAGGCAGUGGCAGCAGAGGCGCGCCUGCUUUCUGCUCUUGUGGCGCGGCUCUCCUCGCUCCUCCCCUUCUGCUCGCUCCUCUCCGACUCCCUCGCCCGCUUUGACGUCCUCCUCGCCUUUGCUGAUGCCGCACAGACCGCCGCUGCUGCUGGUGGCGGUGCUGGUGGUGGUAGUGCAGGGCCCAUGUGUCGCCCCACAUUUGUGGCUGGAGGGGGAGGAGCGGAAUGCGUGGGAGGAGUGGGAGGAGUGGGAGGAGUGGGAGGAGUGGGAGGAGGGGGAAGGGGAGGGAAGGGAAGCGGGUCAGGGGGAGGCAGCACGUUUCAUGCGAGGGGGUUGUGGCACCCGUUUGCUGUGGGCGCCGGUGGUGGUGUGGUGGUUCCCAACGACGUGCUUCUAGGGGGCGUGCCAGGCAGCUCCGUAUCAGGAAUAACAGCAGCAGCAGCAGAAGGGGUGCAUGCGCGCACGAUGCUGCUGACAGGGCCCAACAUGGGCGGCAAGUCCACUCUGCUACGCGCUACCUGUGUCGCUGUCAUCAUGGCUCAGAUGGGAUGCUAUGCGCCCUGCUCCUCCCUCGUGCUCUCUCCUGCUGAUGUCAUCUUCACAAGGCUCGGGGCUUCCGACCGAAUCAUCUCUGGGGAGAGCACGUUCAUGGUGGAGUGCAGGGAGGCAGCAGCAGUGCUGCGGUGUGCCACAAGGGACUCGCUUGUCAUUCUGGACGAGCUGGGCAGGGGAACGUCCACCUUCGAUGGAUACGCCAUUGCACAUGCGGUAUUGAACUAUCUCACCUCGCGCCUUGACUGUCGGCUCCUAUUCGCCACGCACUACCAUCCCCUCACCUCCGAGUUUGCGGGCCAUCCGCAAAUCGCAUUGCGACACAUGGCGUGCCAAGUACAGGCAAGCAAGGGCGGCGACGGGGAAGAGGACGAAGAGCUUGUCUUUUUGUACAAGUUGCAAUCCGGUGCCUGUCCGAAGAGCUACGGGUUGAAAGUAGCGUCCAUGGCCGGAAUUCCGUCUCGUGUGGUGGCGAAUGCGGCACAAGCAGCUUCGGCUCUUGAGCAUGAGCUAAGCGAUAAGUUUGACAACCCUGAGCCGCUUGCAGCUAGCACAUUGCUUGAUCUUGAGAGGUCAUGGGUGCAAACGCUGCAAGGGGUUGCGCCAUUUGGUGCUUCUGGUGGCAAAAUGCCUGAUGAGGAUGUAGAGGAUAUGUUUGAGACUCUGUAUUGCAUCUGGCACGAGUGCGCAUCGCUUGCUAAUUCGGCUGGCGUGGGAGGAGGGCCUUUCUACAUGCCGCUGUUCCACUCUGUUCUCAAAUUCAAUCUUGUCAAAUCCACCGCCCUUUCCCAUACCGUCGUGACAUCAAGUGCAAUUGCUAGCACUCUCUAUGGACUAUGGGAGUCGAGUCCUGAAGUUCCGUCCAUGCCACUGGUUGACUUGAGACUUGCACUGGCAUUGCUCCCGUCUCUCCUAUUUGGAGUUGGAAUUGGAUGGGGUCUUAGUCAAGCUAGCCGCUGUUCCUCGUCCUUUUUCCAGCUGUGGGGGUUGCAGCUGUUUGUCUGCAUCGCUGCUGCAGUUAGCACCAUUCAAGGACAGAUCUCUGUGAUCAUUGCAUGUGCUGGAGCUAUGGCUGGGAUGGUGGGCAUCGGAGGAGCACUUAUUUUCAACCGCAUAUCUCCUUACAGCAGUGCCAUCAGCAUCUCGUUCUUCUUCCAUGGUUUUCUGAACACUAGCUAUGCAGCUGUGUUUGCUCCUGUGGCAUUCCUUGGGUCGCUGGUUGGAGUCUUCGUUGUUGGGAGAAUCGUGAGAAACACAGCGCACGACCUUGACCUAAAACGCAAAUUCGCGGAAAUCCCGAGCCGCUAUGACUUGGACUCUCCAACGACCAAGCGCCUUCGCGGCGUGCGUCAGCGGUCGUGGGGCAAGUGGGUAUGCGAGAUCCGCGAGCCGCGCACGCGCGCGCGCGUGUGGCUAGGAUCGUACAGCACCGCGGAGGAGGCCGCGCGCGUCUACGACACCGCCGCGCUCAUGCUGCACGGCGCGAGCGGCGCGGAGCGCAGACUCAACUUCCCGGACGCUCUUCAAGCGGACGGGGGGAUCCGCCCCGUUAUAGUGUCGCGCACUAUAGCGGAAGGUCUGCUCCGCGUCGUCAAUGCUCUGACUCUUUCGCAGCAGUCGCAGCAGUCGCCAUCCCAACAAGAAGAUUCGAGUAAUCCAUCUUGCGCUUGUGACAUGAUUGUCGAUGCCUCCACCUUUGCUGCGACGGGCAGUGCCCGCCGCUCCACUGGUGCUACCGCAUCUGUCCCCACGGUUCACGCUAGCCCCACCUUUACCGGCGAGUGGGUGCGCCUCGAGGUUACCGGCUCCAACGUCGUCUUCUCCGAUUGCGCGAGCCCGGGUAUCACCACCACCGCGAUUCCCGCCGCCGGUCGCGGCGGCGUCUUUCCAGACGCGUCGUCCGUCAAAUCCCCGACGGCGAACGGCCAGAUCUCGCCGAAACGCGGCGUCGCCGCUCGGAAUGCCGUCACCGCCGCCGAUUCAAACGCCGCCGCUUGCGCGUCUGGCGUUACGUCAGCAGCCGCGUCGCAAGUUGCGCCUGAGAUGGAUUUCGUCAGCAGCCGCGUCGCGGCGCCAGCAGAUUCCUUCUCCGCUGCCCUGUCGCUCUUCUCCGACGCGCCUCCCACCUUUUCCGCCGGUCCCCCCAUAAUCGUCCCCUCCCGCCGUUCCUCCGCCCUGUCUCUCCCCGGAAGCCCUAUGAGCGGUAUGGGGUACAGCCCCGCGCGCGUCCGCUCCCCCUCCCGCUCGCCGCUGCACUCCCCGCGGUUCCCCCCAGGCCCGUCGUUUGGCGGCUCCCGGGCGUUCCCCGCAACCACCGCCCCUUCCUCCCCACGUGCGAUUAGCGCCUCAGCUUUUUCCGUAAUGUCCCCGUUCGCGGAUUCCGCCGCUCCCGUCGCUUCCGCCGCUUACGCCGGCGGGGCGGAGCUUUCGCGCGCGCUGCUCGCGCACCCCACCUUCGCGCACCUCUGCGCGCCUUCCGCACAGCUCACCACCGAUACCCUCACUGCUGAUCAUAUCCCAGCUUCCACUGCAGAUCAAAUGGCCACUGCUAAUCCCGCCAUAGACUUUCCUCCCCUUACUACCGCAGCUGCUCCCAACUCUGCUCCACCCGCCGCUACUCUUGCUGCUCCCCCCAGUGCUCCCAGCAGCAGUUGUGCAGUUCAAAAUCUAGACAGCAAUUUCACGAGCUACACCUCUUUCGCUCCGUUUCUCACUGAUCUGGGACAGGAGGACAGCGAUAUUGUCAACAGCAGAUCUAGUAACGCGGAUAGCAGCAGCAUGGACACGUCAUCCCCUACUGCUAAAGCGGGGCCCUUACAGCAGCCCCCAAGCGUCUCCCCCCAGGCUCCCCUAAACCUGCCCAGUUUCUCCUCUCAGCCGCUCCUGAACCUGCCCAGCUUUUCCAAGACGGCACCGGACCAAACGGGUUCCUUGCCUCGACUGCCGAGCCUGCCAGGGGAGUUCCCGUCGCUGCCGAGCCUGCCGGCAGAGUUCCCAUCGCUGCCGAGUUUAGACUGGAAGGAGAUUGAGGAGUGCCUGGGGAAUCCAGAGGGUUCAAUGCUCACUAGCUGA